UCGCGCUCGGAGUUCGGCUGCUCUGGCCUGACUCCUCCCCCGAGUUCGACGCGCUCGUCUCUCGGCUCUGCUCAGGCUUGUCAGUGCGGGCGAGAGCGCUGCUAAACAUGGCGUCGGACGGGAUGAUUUUAACCAACCACGACCACCAAAUCCGAGUUGGAAUAUUGACAGGUGCCAGCAUCAGAGUUGCAUUCACGGCUGUGGAAGCUGUCAGGGCUCGUCUCGGAGGUGUUCAGAGCGAUCCUCCCGUGUGGGCAGGGCUCCUCCUUCUAAACAGCUGUCGUGCUUCAACGAAUAAACUCAAGUCAGUGAGUGACAGCUGCUUCAGAAACCUUGCUGAGGACCGCAGUGGAAUCAACCUCAAAGAUCUUGUCCAUGACCCAUCCUUGCUCGGAGGCAUAAUCUCUGCAUACAAAAUAGUCCCUGAUGAGAUUGACGAGAUCAAGGAGACGCUGGUGGACUGGUGCGAUGAGAAGGAGCUCAACUUGAUCCUGACCACCGGUGGAACGGGUUUUGCACCCCGUGACGUCACGCCUGAGGCCACCAGAGAGGUGAUCGAGCGUGAAGCUCCAGGGAUGGCUCUAGCAAUGCUCAUGGGCUCCCUAAAUGUCACGCCACUCGGCAUGCUGUCCAGACCCGUAUGUGGAAUCAGGGGCAAAACCCUCAUCAUUAAUUUACCUGGGAGCAAGAAGGGCUCACAGGAGUGCUUCCAGUUUAUCCUGCCUGCUCUGCCGCACGCCAUAGACCUGCUGCGGGACGCCAUAGUGAAGGUGAAGGAGGUACACGACGCUCUAGAGGACCUGCCGUCCCCUCCGCCGCCCCUCUCCCCUCCACCCACCACCAGCCCGCACAAGCAGACAGAAGACAAGGGUGUGCAGUGUGAGGAAGAGGACGAGGAGAAGAAGGACAGUGGCGUGGCGUCCACAGAGGACAGCGGCUCCUCUCACAUCACAGCAGCUGCUAUUGCCGCCAAGAGCAUGAAGUCUCAUCCCAGUCAUGCUGUUGUCAUGGCGAAAGGUGGGCAGCCCUUGAGUGGCCUUAUCCCGUCCACCUCCAUUCCCUCCCAUUUCACCUGCUCCUGCAGUGAUACGAUACCAGAGUCCAUCAUUUCACGAGGCGUGCAGGUUUUGCCGCGGGACACUGCCUCUCUCAGCACCACGCCCUCAGAGUCUCCUUGUGCUCAGCAGUCCCGCCUCUCCACCGCCUCCUGCCCCACCCCCAAAGCCCGGCUCACCUCCUGUUCAUCCACUUAUAGUGUCACAGAGGCCUCACGGAGAGAGUUCAGGGCUCACCUGGAUGAGGUCAUCACGCUCAAGUCAAGGUACUCUACCUUGGACCAGCUCCACUCUAGGCUGGAGGGGCUCAAAGAUGAUCGCAGGAACCAUAGGACCUUCGACUCGCGAGUGCAGUCACGAUGCAGCAGCAAGGAGAACAUCCUGAGAGCAAGUCACAGUGCAGUGGAUAUCACCAAGGUAGCUCGGAGACACCGCAUGUCCCCGUUUCCCCUCACUUCUAUGGACAAGGCCUUCAUCACUGUGCUGGAGAUGACUCCUGUCCUGGGUACAGAAAUCAUCAACUACAGAGAUGGAAUGGGUCGAGUUCUGGCUCAGGACGUCUAUGCCAAAGACAACCUGCCUCCUUUCCCUGCAUCAGUUAAAGAUGGCUACGCUGUUCGAGCUGCUGAUGGUCCCGGUGAUCGCUUCAUCAUCGGAGAGUCUCAGGCUGGGGAACAGCCCACUCUCACAGUAAUGCCAGGCCAAGUGAUGAGGGUGACGACCGGUGCUCCUAUCCCAUGUGGCGCAGACGCUGUAGUGCAAGUGGAAGACACAGAACUGCUACGAGAGUCUGAAGACGGUACAGAGGAGCUGGAGGUUAGGAUCCUAGUUCAGGCUCGUCCAGGACAGGAUAUCAGGCCUAUAGGACAUGAUAUCAAGCGUGGAGAGUGUGUGCUGGCUAAGGGCACUCACAUGGGUCCCUCUGAGAUCGGCCUCCUGGCCACGGUAGGAGUCACCGAGGUGGAGGUGCAGAAAUUCCCAGUUGUAGCAGUCAUGUCCACUGGCAACGAGUUGUUAAACCCUGAAGAUGACCUUCACCCAGGCAAGAUCAGGGACAGCAACCGAUCCACACUGUUGGCCACCAUUCAGGAACACGGCUAUCCCACCAUCAACCUCGGCAUCGUCGGAGACAACCCAGACGACCUGCUGAACGCCCUAAACGAGGGCAUUAGUCGUGCUGAUGUCAUCAUCACCUCCGGGGGUGUGUCCAUGGGUGAGAAGGACUAUCUGAAACAAGUUCUGGAUAUAGACCUUCAUGCCCAGAUCCACUUCGGUCGAGUGUUUAUGAAGCCAGGUUUGCCUACUACGUUUGCCACCUUAGACAUUGACGGUGCCAGAAAGCUGAUCUUCGCCCUUCCAGGUAAUUUCACCUACAGAGACACAGGGGCGACUCUUCUGGAGACUGUGCCCCUGAGUGACAGCGAGGCCAGCAGACUGCCUGUGCCUCCUCCCCCACGAGGAAGUAGGUGCUCUUAAUUCAGGAAAUAAGCCCUGUCUUCAGCCCGAGCUCAGAAAACGGAAAUGGACUUGAAAUUUUGACACCAAACCCUAAUUAACUGGUAACCAAUGUAACACCAAAACUCGUUUUAGUGCACUUGGGCUCAUUUGGGACCAGUACGUUAUAAUUCUUACAGACAUUACGAGACGAAAACCUGAAAAGGCCUUAUCUAAUCUUCAGUAACAACCACAAUGAAAUGAAACAUAGGAAUAAUAUUUUUGUUCUGAUUUUCCAAUGUGACGCUUUCUGUUCUGUUUUCUGAGAGAAGCCUUGUGUUUUUGCUUUUUUGCGUCUGUGGCGCUCCUUGUAGCUAUUAGUUCUGUUGCAACCCCCCGAAGCCCUUCCGUUUUGUGUACCGUGAUGUGGCUUAGUGUCUUGAAACCGCUAUUUGUCUGAUGUAGUGCUGUCCUCCUUUUGCUUUCAAUGCCCUUCUUCCCUUCCCGUUGAUGUGGUGGAGGGCACCUCUGCAUUUGAAACACUUUUCGUCCUUAGCUGGUUUCAGUAGUUGGUACACAUCUGUCUUAUCAGAGAGUAUUGGGUUAUUUUCACACUUGAUUGAUUUCGUUUGGUACGGACCAGAGUUCAAUUCCAUCCCUAGUAUCAUUGGGCUUCGAAAUGUACAUGGACACAGAUGUACAUUUGCACUCACGCCAACCAGACAAACUGAACUCUUGAUGUCAAAAAGAUUCCUUAAAGGGGCAGUUGACCCGGAAAUAAACACUUUGACUUUAUUGAAUCACCCUUGUGUUGCUGCAAACCUCAUGUGACUUUUCUUUUUCUGUAGAACGCAAAAGAAGAAGCUGAGCAAAAUGUUAAUGCUGCAGUUUUUAAUUUAAUGAUAAUAAGGUGUACAGAAGAAAAGUAAUCGGUAGCUUAAUUCAAGGACACAUUACAUGGCCAUAGAGACAUUUAUAACGUUGCAGAAAAUAUCUAUUUUGAACGUUCUAUUCACCGAACAAUAAAUGAAUCACGGUUUCUGCAAAAUGCAUUAUAUAGCACAACCAUUGUCAGCACCGAUAACAAGAAAUGCUACUUGAAUGUUACAGAUCAGCAUAUUGGAGUUAUUUCUGAAGGAUCACGUGACACUGGAUGCAUUUUAGAUUAUAAUAAUUUUUCACACUAUUACUAUUUUUACUGUGUUUUUGAUCAAAUAAAUGCAGCUUUUGUGAGCUUAAAAACAAACUUUUGAACAGUAAUGUACAAUAAUAAGGUUUAAGAUCUGUGAAAGAUUUUCAACAAGUAAUGGUUAAAAUGGUUGUCAGCUGCUUGAUUUCGAGUCUUGUGGUACUUUCAUGGUGUUUCGUUGGUUUUUGUAGUUGGAUGGCCAUUGAUCACUGUGUACUUGAAUUGUAUGUAAAAGAGCAGCGUAAACAUUCUGCUAAAUGUCUUCUUUUGUGUUCUCUGAAAUAAGAUCUGACAAUUUUGGAACAACACAAGGGCGACAAAUUACAGAAUUCACAUUUGGAAGUGAACUGUUGUGUUAGAGACAUCAGGAAACAAACUGAGCUCCUAUCUACUACAGAUGAUCCACAGUUCAGAGAUUUUCUGCCCCAGACCCCAAACCAUAAGACAUAGUCUUCACCUCAA